AUGGGUACAAGCCUGGACCAGACCUCCUUCCCUGGCAAUCACUGGCUCUACUUCUCUGUGUACCUCUUCACCUUCCUCGUGGGGCUCCCCCUCAACCUGGUGGCCCUGGUGAUCUUCGUGCGCAAGCUGCGGCGCCGCCCGGUGGCGGUGGACGUGCUCUUACUCAACCUGACCCUCUCGGACCUGAUCCUGCUGCUCUUUCUGCCAUUCCGCAUGGUGGAGGCAGCCAGUGGCAUGCACUGGCCCCUGCCCUUCAGCCUCUGCCCCCUGUCCGGAUUCCUCUUCUUUACCACCAUCUAUCUCACAUCUCUCUUCCUGACAGCUGUGAGCAUUGAGCGCUUCCUCAGCGUGGCCUAUCCACUGUGGUACAAGACCCGGCCACGGCCAGGACAGGCCGGGCUGGUCAGUGGGUCCUGCUGGCUGCUGGCUGCUGCUCACUGCAGUGUGGUUUAUGUCACUGAAUUCUUGGGAAACUCCUCCCACAACCAGGGUGCCAAUGGGACCUGCUACCUGGAAUUCCAGGAGGACCAGCUAGCUGUUCUCCUGCCCGUCAGGCUGGAGAUGGCUGUGGUCCUUUUUGGGGUGCCUCUGCUCAUCACCAGCUAUUGCUACAGCCGCCUGGUGUGGAUCCUUGGCAGGGGAGCCAGCCAUCACCGGCGGAGGAGGGUGGCAGGGCUCGUGGCAGCCACGCUGCUCAACUUCCUUGUCUGCUUUGGGCCCUACAAUGUGUCCCACGUCGUGGGCUACAUCCAGGGUGAAAGCCCAGCAUGGAGGAGUUACGUGCUGCUCCUCAGCACCCUGAACUCCUGUGUUGACCCCCUGGUCUACUACUUCUCAUCAUCUGGGUUCCAAGCAGACUUUCAGGAGCUGCUGAGGAGGCUGACCGGGGCCUGGAGCCCUUGGAGGCAGGAGAGCAGUGUGGAACUGAAGGUAAAGAAUGAAGGGGAGGGGCAGGUGCAAGACUGUCCAACAUAG